ACACCCCUUGAAGGCACCACAGGAUGAUGGGCGUGUCUCUCUUCACCAACAUGUCGGCAUAGACUUUCUAUGAAACUUUACUGUAAAUAUCAGCACAGUCAGACCACAUUCAGACCUGCAGGGGCUCACAGUCGGAGGACCAUGGUGUCUGGACUCAGCUUAGACCUACUUAGACCUUUAUUUAGUGGUUCCUGUUCUAAGUUCUUAGUUCUCGUGAUCUCUCUCAGCUUAAACUUGUCGGUCUCUAGCUGUGAAGGAGUCGCCUCGGAGAGAUGUCUCAUUUGGGGUCCAGGGCUGAACCCCGAAACAGUCUUACCAGUCCGCUACUUCUUUAUUCAGGCGGUCAGUGCAAAGGGAGAGAACCUGACCCGGUCUCCAGGUAAGGACACGUUCAAAGUGAAGAUAAGUCCUCUGGACAAGAAGGAGCAAAUCCGGAUCCACGUCCCUCCACCUCUGGACAGAGGAGAUGGGUCCUUCCUGGUCAGGUACCGGCUCUAUGGCACUGUGCAGGAAGGCCUCCUGAUUGAUGUCCUCCACCAAGAUGAUGCUGUUGCAAAGUCUCCCUACACCCUCCAAGGUCCGGUCUAUCAUGAGUACUGCGAUUGUCCAGAACGAAACGCGUCCAUUUGGCGGAGCAUCAUGCAGUGUCCGUCAGAGGAGCCUCAGAUCCUGGCCGACUUUGAGCAUUUUCCAACAAUCGACCUGCAUCGCAUCAGACAGGAAGUGCCUAAGAGGUUCAUCAACAGAGGAGGGCUCAUUCACUACGCCAUCAUCGACAACCAGCUGUACCGCCGCACUCUGGGGAAGUACACCGACUUCAAGAUGUUCUCUGAUGAGAUGCUGCUGUCUGUAAUGAGAAAGGUGAGGUUGCCAGAUGUGGAGUUUUUCAUCAACGUGGGGGACUGGCCGUUGGAGACGAGGAGGACGGAUGCUGUUCCUGUCCUGUCGUGGUGCGGCUCUACAGACACACGAGACAUCGUCCUCCCCACGUACGAGGUCACUCACUCCACUCUGGAGACCAUGAGAGGAGUCACCAUCGACCUGCUGUCUGUGCAGGGAAACACAGGGCCUCCGUGGAUUAACAAAACAGACCGGGCUUUCUUCCGUGGUCGGGACAGUCGAGAGGAGCGUCUGUUCUUGGCCUCCCUGUCCAAAGAGAACCCUGAGCUGCUGGAUGCUGGGAUCACAGGGUGGUUCUUCUUCAGGGACCGGGAGAAGCUCAUAGGCAAAGCCCCACUCGUUGGAUUCUUUGACUUCUUCAAGUUCAAGUACCAGGUGAACGUGGACGGUACAGUGGCAGCAUAUCGCUUUCCUUACUUGAUGCUGGGGAACAGUCUGGUUCUGAAACAGGACUCUCAGUAUUAUGAGUAUUUCUACACCCAUCUAAAAGCAGGCACUCACUACGUCCCUGUAAAGAGGAACCUGUCGGACCUUGUGGAAAAAAUCCACUGGGCCAAAGAGAACGACGCUGAAUCUGGUGAGAUCGCCAAGGCAGGUCAGACAGCAGCGAGGGAGCUGCUCCAGCCCAGCAGACUCUACUGUUACUACUACAGAGUGCUGCUCACAUACUCUGAGCGCCAAGCAGGACGACCAACACAGCACGUAGACAUGGAGCUGGUGGCUCAGCCGGACGACCACACUGCUGCGUGUACGUGUGAGCAGAGCAGUCACAAACCAGACGUGAAGGAUGAACUAUGAUGGACCCUCUUCAGUCUGUAGAGUCUCUCUCUCUGACACAGAGUAUACAGAGUGACAACAAUUCAAUCUUCUUCAUAUUGAGUCAGAGUCGUGUGUGACUGUCUUUUAUACAGUUUUAUUGUUUUUCUUUUGUACUUUUGUAGAACCCUGGUUAGUCAUGGAGAACAGAGGAGACACUUUGAUGUUCAUGUGCCUUUACAUUGGAUACCUGGAUUUUGUAACUGGUGUCAAAUAAAAACCUCUUUAAUGAAUCAGA